GUUCGGAGUCCAAGACAAAAUUCCUUUUGGAAAUUCCUUUUCCUCGUGAACGAUCGGCUCACUCUCGCUCUCCCUAGAUCGCGCACUUUCGCUCUCCCUCGUCGCGUGCUCGUUCUCGCUAUCGUGCUCUCGCGCUCUCUCGGAUCUAACUCUGUGUAGUCUGUAAUCAUGUCAGGCAAGUAUAUUGUUUCUGCUAUUCUUGGAUCAUUUGGAGUUGCAUGGGUUUGUGAUUAUUAUGUUUCAGAAAAAAAGCUAUUUGGAGGUACUACCCCUGGCACUAUUACAAACAAUGAGUGGGCAGAAGAGACUGACAAAAAAUUACAGGCAUGGCCUCGUACUGCCGGUCCACCAGUGGUCAUGAAUCCCAUAAGUCGCCAAAAUUUCAUUGUGAAGUCUCGCCCUGAGUAAUAUUUUUUGUUGAUUGAUUUUGAGUUAAUUGGUGCACCUUAGUCAUGGGAUAUUUUUCCAUAAAUGAUGAUAAUGUUUGAGGUAAAACUCUUGCAGUUUAAUUAGUGUUUGGAUGUUUAAACAUGUGAAUGUUUACUUGCUAAAUAAAAUGUUACUUAAGAUUGACUAAUGCAUAUUCAUGUAUUCAAAUUCUAUGUUUAGUCUUUACCUUGGUAUGAAUGGGAAUCAAGGCCUAAAAUUAUGUUUA